UGUGCACAGUGCGAGAGAUGAGUGUCAAUGUAUGCAGUCUGAGUAUACUUUGUAAUAUUUUUGUUUCUGUGAUAUAAUAUUCUGGUUAGAAAGUGCACGUAUUUGGAUAGGGAUACUGAGAGCGCAUCAUCUAAAUCUAGAUUGCCGACAAGGCUGCAUCGCACAGGCCUUGUCGUUGCUCCUAUAGACAUCGAUGUCGAGAAAUGCUGCAUGGAGUCCUCUGUCUAUCAGAUGAGGCGCAACUUCUAUCGAGAUGAUCAGUUUGAAAAACGUCAGUACGGCGACUCUCAGUAUGAUGAUAGUCAGUAUGGAAGACCUCAGUACAGGGACACACAGUAUGAUGAUAGUCAGGAUGGAAGUCCUCAAUACAGGGACAUACAGUAUGAUGAUCAUCAGUAUGACGGUCAAUAUGAAAAUCAUCAGCACAAGGACACACAGUAUGAUGCUCGGUAUGAAGAUGGCCCUUCAUCAAAUCGACAGGCUACGUUUGUGGAGCUCCUCAGGAAACAGAGUGAUGUCAUUGAUAAACUUACCGAUCGUGUAAGCAACGUAGGAAUGGGACAGUCUGGUGGCUAUGACUACGAGUAUGAGGAGGUAUACGAGGAACCCUACAGCUAUGAGUAUGAGACCUAUGACAACUCUGUCUUUGAAGAUCCUUACUACAGUGAAGGGAUGGGCCCAGGACCUAUGAGAGUCGUCGGAAGGGGCAUAGGGCCACGUAGCAUGGCCAGAGGACCUCGGGCAGUGAUGAAUUACAGAGGAAGACCCAGAGGAGGUCCUAGAGUAGGACCACUUGGGGCACAUAGGGGGAGCAGGGGAAUGGGUCACUAUGGCAACGGAAUGGGAGGACGACCGAUGGGACCAAGGGGAGAUGACUACCCCUACAGAAAAGAUGGUCAUGGAGGAAGGGCCGACCUCAAACAGUGUAACCUCUAUCUGGAGGCCAUGAAGAAGAAUAUGCCCACCAACCCGGACACCCUGUCUCUCUACUGCCCUGCCUGCAGCUACCUGGCCAGGAACAACAUGGACUUCCUGAACCAUCACAAGUCCCGCACACACUCCAACCAGAUGGCCCGCGUCGAGGAGAUGCCGCCAUACAUCGCCAAGCAGGUCAAGGACACUAUUGCCAAGAUCUUUCAACAGCACAAAGACCAAAAGUCUCUAAUGUUCUGCUCAAUCUGCGACCUUGAUCUACACAUUCCUUACUCAGACCAUAAGAAUUUGGAACUUCAUAAGAUUCGCUGUAACACAAUCAAGCUUGGGUGUUUAAUAUGCAAGACCAAGCCCUUUAACAGUUUCUCCGAGUACAAGGCUCACUGUAAGAUUGACACCCACAUAGAGAAAGCUGAGGUGGAGAGAAGGAAGAGUGAUGAUCUGAUAGAGAGAUGCACUCAGCUGAAGGACUUUCCUCCUCACAAAGAUGGUGUUGCAUAUGCCCAGAGCAGUGUAGUCCAUGUUGAAGGCAUGUUCUGUACCCUGUGUAAGAGGUUCUUCGAGACCCAGGAGGAAGCUGAUGUCCACGCCACCCACAAGUCACACUACAACCAUGUCAGAGACUUGUUCUUCAACAAGAACAACCCAGAGGAAGUUGACAUGGGUCAGUACCCAGAACCGAAGACCAGCAGCAUGAUAGCCAGCGGUAUCAAGUUGGAGGACAUGUAGAGGACAUCUGAUUCUAGGGCUCUAUGUCAUCUUCUGGAGGACUCGGAGAAGGUGUUCAGGUCCUUGGGGAAGGAUUUGUGGACACUUGAGGUUGUCUUGGGUUCACGUCUGCACAACAUGUAGAAGACACUCAGGUUCAAGGAGAGGAUUUGUGGACACUUGAGUUUGUCUUGGGUUCACUUUUGGACGACAUAUAGAGGACAGUCAGGUUCUAGGGGAGGAUUUGUGGACACUUGAGGUUGUCUUGGGUUCACCUCUUAAUGACAUGUAGAGGACACUCAGGUUCAAUGAGAGGACUAAAGGAAGUUUGAGGGAUCCAUUACUGGACAACAUUUAAGGACUUUCAGUUUCUCGGGGAGGACAAGUGGAAACUGGAAACUGUCUUAUGUCAAGCCUUGGAGACCUGACUACCACCAGGCUGGUUCUUGCACUGGACAGCAACUGCUACUAGUCAAAACCGUCUUCUCAAGCACCAUUCUUAAGCAGUUCUAUGUUUACAAAAACAUCCUCAAAUCAAAAGAAACUGAUACAUACUCUGAAUACAUUCAUUCAUCAAGUACAUGUGUAUAUUGAAAAUGUUUGGGGGUUUUCAAUAUACAUGUUGUCUUUGAUUUGUGUUGAUUGAUUUGUUUCAUUUUUUAUGCUUCACCGUUUUGUUCAUUUUUCACUUUACCUUCAUUCCGACACAUCAUCAUUCCCUGUUAAUGCAGCAACCAAAGAUACAUUUACACCACACAGUCAUGCUAUGGUACACAAAUACUUGAUAGCUGAUAAGUUCCUGUCAUCAAAUUAAUUGUUGCCUAAUUGAAGUACAUUGGAGUCAUUCUGUUUUGAGACAAACAAAUAAGUAUGAGUAAGACAGCGAGCCUGACCACCUGAUCCCGUUAGUCGCCUCUUGGAUGGGUUACUGAAGAUCAAUUCUAACCCGGCUCUUCACUGGUCAAGUAUUGCUAAAACCCACUCCCUCAUUUUCAUGUAAUGUUCCUUUUCCAUCAUGUAUAUACCGACCUGUGAAGGUCCGGGUUUGAAUUGAUCUUCAGUAACCCAUGAUUGUCGUAAGAG